AUGGACACAUUACUAACCGCUGAUAUCGUCGCCAAUUCACCGCGUUUCCGACGGAAGUCUUCCACCUUCGUCGAUGCGAUCCAUGACUUACCCGAGAAGGCCGAUCUGGCUCCAGCUCAGCUUUACAGUACUGAGUCAGGACGACUUUUCCAUUCCGGCCGGAUCGUCAUAAUCACCGUGGGAUUGCCUGCGCGAGGUAAAACGUUCGUUAUACCUAAGCCCCUUGUAUAUUAUCUUAGGUUAGGUGUGAAAACGAGGAUAUUCCACUUGGGUGAUUAUAGACGUGCAACCAUUCCUUAUGGCCAAGAUAUUCCAGACGACUAUUUCUUUGUGAACGCAUCCGCUUCAUCGGUUCUUUUGAGACAGAAGAUCGUGAAAAGGUGCCGGGAAGAUAUCUACCAGUUCUUGAACCAUGAGAAUGGACAAAUAGCGAUAUAUGACGCUGUGAAUCCUCUGGCAUCCGGUCGACGGUCACUUGCAAAGGAAUUUGCCAAGCAUGACAUCGAGACGCUGUUCAUCGAGUCGUGGUGCGACGAUGAACGCAUUAUCGAAGAGAAUGUCCGACGAGUCAAGAUAUCCUCACCUGAUUACGUAGGCUGGAGCUCGGAAGAUGCAGUGAAACAUUACUUGACCAGGAUAGCCGCUCGUAUUCCACAAUUCCAAACAAUGGAAGAGACCGAUUUGAACUACAUCAAGAUGAUGAAUGCUGGGGAAAGAUUAAUUGUGAACAAUCGAAGCUUCGGCUACCUUUCUAACAGAAUAGUCUUCUACCUCCUCAAUCUCCACAUCAAAUCCAGACACACGUACUUUGCACGGGCUGGCGUGUCACUAGAAGCGAAUUCUUAUAAAGCAGACGCUUCGCUGUCCGAGCAAGGGGAAGACUACGCGAAAAAGAUGACGGAGUCUUUGUUGAGGCAUAGGGAAUCGGAAAGACAAGCCAUGGUCGACGAGGGAGAAUUGGAUUAUGAAUUGAAACCACUAACUGUAUGGACCUCAACUCGAAGGAGAACGGUUGAGACAGCCAAGUACCUCUAUGAAAAAGGAUACAAAGUGCGACAGAGAUCUCAGAUGAGUCAAUUGAAUCCUGGAGUUUGCGAGAAGAUGUCAGAGGCGAAAAUUCGCGAGGAGUAUCCUGAAGAGGUUGCGAAACACGAACUGGACCCUUACCACCACCGGUAUCCGCGAGCAGAGUCUUACCAUGACCUUGCGGUUCGACUCGAACCUAUCAUCUUAGAGCUUGAGCGUGAACAGAAUGAUCUUCUGAUUAUUGCACAUGAGAGCGUACUGAGAGUCUUAUAUGGCUAUUUGAUGGCCUGUAAUGCUGCUGAUAUUCCAUUCUUGGACUUCCCUCGCGACGAGAUCCUCGAAAUCAUACCGGAGAGCUAUCAAAACGAAGCACGCAGAAUUCAUAUCUCCGGUCUUCCCAAAGAAAUCGUCCCCGGUUCGCCCCAGGACAUCAAGAUCCCUGUCCCACCGAGCGGAGUGACGACGCCUUUGGCUGGUGAGCUUGGCAGCCCGCGUGAAGGUCUAUCUACUCCGCAGAGCGGCCUUCGAACUCCGCGCGAACCCGAACGAAUCUCGCAGCAGCAUUACAUCAGCGUCGGGGGAAAUAGGCAUCCCGCCGCCGCCGACUGGGAUGUCCAUACCGGUGUGCUUGCCUUCGGUGCUGAUAAUAAUGUAGCCUUAUGGAACCCCACUGAUAACACGCAGCGCGGCGUCUAUUCACUCCUUGUCGGACAUACCGACAAGGUUAGCGCAGUUCGAUUCUAUACCUGCCCUACCACAGAUACUAAAUACCUCUUGACCGGCUCGGUUGACCAUACAGUCCGUCUAUGGCGAGCGGACUCGGUCAACUUGCAUAAUUUCACCCACGUGUACACUCAGGAAGGACAUACUGGCUCAGUCAACACGAUAGCCGUGGCUGACGGGCAGAAUAUCGUGGCAACGGGAGCCUCUGAUGGGACUGUCAACAUAUGGAAAAUUCACACCCUGGGUGAUGUAAAGGGCGAGCUGCUCAAGUCAAUAUCUGUGAAACCGAGUUUCUUCCCACUGGCUUUGGCUUUAACCUCUCUUCCAUCAAAGUCGAAUAACAGACCUGUCGCACUGGCAGUUGCCGGUACGACCAACUACAUACAGAUUUACGUGGCGGAGAACACGCUUACAGUCGAUUUCAAGCUCUCAGUUGUAUUGUCUGGACACGAUGCCUGGGUGCGUUCCUUGAACUUCACGUCAGAUAAGCAGAGCACAUCUGGUGAUCUUCUCCUGGCUUCCGCGAGUCAAGAUAAAUAUGUCCGGCUAUGGAGAUUGCAGCGUGGGGAAGCGGAAUCCUCUGUUCCAGGCGAUGACAUUGACGCCUUUUCGGGUGGCUUUGAGCCAAGUCUUUCGAACAAAGCCCACCAAUUUGAGGUAUUGGGGACCCAAUUCUCCGUCACCUUCGAAGCACUACUUUUUGGAAACGAAGACUGGAUCUACACCGCCGCUUGGAAUCCCAAUCCAAAACGCCAGCAGCUCCUUACUUCUUCUGCUGAUAAUACUCUAACUAUAUGGGAGCAAGACCCUGUUUCUGGGGUGUGGCUUUCCGCCGAGAGGAUGGGAGAAAUCAGCGUCCAGAAAGGCUCAACAACCGCUACUGGCAGUACUGGUGGGUUUUGGACUGGUCUCUGGUCUCCAAAUGGCACACAGGUUGUCAGCCUAGGUCGUACUGGCAGCUGGCGAGCAUGGAAAUACAACGCCGAGACUGAUCUGUGGGUGCAGUCUCUUGGCAUUUCUGGACAUAUACGGUCAGCUACCGGCGUACAAUGGGAGCCUUCUGGAGCAUAUCUCCUGUCGACCAGUGCCGACCAGACCACCCGUCUGCAUGCCAAAUGGGUACGUGAGGGACUUGAGUCUUGGCAUGAAAUCUCUCGCCCACAAAUACAUGGUUACGACUUGAACUGCGUCGAUACUCUUGGAGCGGCUAGAUUUGUCUCGGGCGCUGAUGAGAAACUUCUGCGCGUCUUCAACGAACCUCGACCGAUUGCGCAAUUACUGGAGAAGCUGUCCGGCUUCAAACAAUCUUCCGAGGAUCAACUACCUGAUACAGCCGAGAUCCCCGUGCUAGGCUUAUCAAACCAAGCUCCGGCUGACGAUGCCCCCCCAGGAGGCGAAGAGGAAGCAGAUGGCGCAUGUGCAGAUAAAUCACAGGCCCUUUCAACGACAGUAUUAGAACUAAAUCAACCACCUUUUGAAGAACAAUUGGCCCGCCACACCCUAUGGCCAGAGCAUGAGAAGUUAUACGGACAUGGUUACGAAAUAUCAGCCGUGGCUGUUAGUCACGACCGCACACUUGUUGCCACAGCCUGCAAAGCGAGCUCAAUUGACCAUGCGGUGAUUCGCUUGUACGAUACUUCUGACUGGCAUGAGAUUCGGCCAUCUCUUGCGGCUCAUACCUUGACGAUUACAAGUCUAUGCUUCUCUAGCGAUGACCAGCAUCUUCUUAGCGUUGGCCGCGACAGACAAUGGGCUGUUUACAAGCGCAGCGAGCAAGACCAGUCAAAGUUUUCAUUGCUGACGAACAAUCCCAAGGGCCAUUCUCGAAUGAUUCUGGACGCCGCAUGGGCUCCGUAUUCAUUAAUGCCUAUAUUUGCCACUGCUGGCCGUGACAGGUCAGUGAAGAUCUGGCAAAUGAUAGGCGGUACCUGCGAGUGCAAAUCAACGAUACCUCUAAAAACUCCUGUAACCGCCAUCUCAUUUCUUGCCAGUAUACACAAGGAUUCCUUCAUUCUUGCCGCAGGCGAAGAAAGCGGGGAGCUGUCUAUUCAUAAGAUUGCCAUUGGCAAUCUGCAAGUCAACCACUUGGCCAUAACUCAACUUUCAUGGCAACCGGAUAAGAAAGAAGCGACGUCGCGUUUUGUGCUUGCUGUAGCGAGCGAAGAUACGUCCACACGUUUAGUCAGCUUUUCGGACUUGGUUUUAUGA